GAGUCAGAGGGUUUAGGGUUAGAGUCUUCUCUCCUUCUCUUCAUCCUCCUCCUCAGACCUUCUUCUCCCCAAUGGCUACCAGGGCUAAGAAGAAGACGGUCCCAUAUACCAAAGCUAAUGCCAGUGGAGUUGGUGGAGGCGAUAGGGGCAGUCCCAAUACAGGCAGAGCCAUCACUUCACGUUUCAACUCAGCUCCUCAGUAUUCUCAGCAUUUUGAGGGAAUAUAUCGGAAUAGACGUAUGAUACAAAUUAUGACAUCGCUGAUAGGAUGUGAGAUUGAAGUUGAGCUAUUGAAAGAUGGUCUGAUAUACAUUGGAAUAUUGAGGACUAUCUCUCCACAGAUGGAUUUUGCUAUAGAACUAGCCAGCAUAAAACCUCCACCUGGUCAGUUGAUAUCAAAGAGCUCCAUCACACAGACUCUAGUCGUAAAAUGGAGUGAGGUUGCUAGAGUAACAGCUACAGAGGAUUCAUCCAACACUUCUCAGAAAGAUAUUUUUAAGAUUGAUACAGAUAUAUCCACUGAGACAGGACCAGCUGGAGCUCAUUUGAAUGGACAUGGAGAGAGAAAAGAAUUAGAACGGUUCCAAUUUGAUGACACAUCUCCAUUGAAAGAUCUUGAUGAAGAGGACACUAGAAGUAAAGGUUGGACGGUCGAAGAAAUGUUUGUCACUAACGAAGAAAAGUUCAAUGUUGGCUCUACUUUCAAUCCUGAUAUGCCUGAUUAUACUACACCUCUUGUUUUAACGGAGUCUGAUCAGUCAAGAAUUGAAAAGGCGAAUCUGAAAGCUAGAGAGAUCGAGUCAUCUUCUCAUGAUGUGAUAGAGAAUGAAUGCAGCAAAGGUGAAGAGAGGAGCGAGGAAGACUUAUACAGUGCCGUUGUCCGUGAAGAAAUACCACAAAAGACUCUUGAGGAUGAGGAAGAAGAGAGCCAAUCACUAAAGUCAAACGAAGUUUUGUCCGUCAAUACGCAUCAGCAGCUGCAAACUAAUGGAAAGGAAGGAGAUGGUGAGAAGGUCAAUAAUGUGGAGGAGGAGGAGGAGGAGAAAGCAAAAGACAAAGAGAAAGAUAUCCAGGAUGAGAAUGAAAAGGGACAAGGCAAGGAAUGUUUAGAAGAAGGAGAGGGACUUUCUCCUUCUUCUUCACCUUCCACCGUCCCUUCAUCAAGUGAUGUGACAGCCCAAAGCAGUGAUAUCGAUUCAUCAGUGAAAGAACUCAAACCGGCCGCCCCUCGGCCUUUUAAGUUAAACCCUGAUGCGCAAGAAUUUAAACCUUUCACUCCGCCGUCGUCUGCCCCUCCUACAAAUCGUUUCUCUCGUCAGUCGAAAGGUGCCGGCCAGAGACAGCAGCAGCAGCAACGCUCAAAUGUCUUCACACCACAAGAUCAAACUGCACUGUAUGGAGGUGCGGCUUAUAUGACUAAUGCCACACCCACUAUUAGAUUAAUGCAGGGACAACCUGCAGCUGGCCCUCUCACUUCACCAACCGGGCUUGUUAGUAUGAUACGGCCAAUGCAUGGCUCCCAAAUAAUAGGUCACCAAGGCAACCAGUUCUAUUCCAUACCCACAUCCCUCCCUGGUACUCCUAAUCACGCUACGUUCAAUCAAGCCGGAGCUAUAUUGGGGCAUCCUGCUGGACCCCACGGGUUAGGAAUGGCUGCCGCAGCCCCCCAGGGGAAUUUAGUAUAUGUACCGGUUCCGUAUGGACCACCCUAUAUACCAGCUGGACCCAUUCCUUUGUCGUAUCCACAACCCCAGGGGGGUGGAGGGGGAAAGUGAAUUGUAGGCGAUUCUUUAUAUGCACAAUCAACAGCAACUCCUAAUUGUUGACUCCGCCUCUUUUGUGGUGGGCGUGGUGGACUUUUUCCGCAUAAUUUGUGCAGUCUCUAUAUAUUA